AGGGUGCUGGCUGCCGGGCCCGCGGGUCCCCGCGCCUGGCCCGCUCGCGGCCGCGUGGGAGCAGCUGGGUUUGACGGCGUGGCCACCAGGCGACCAUGGCUACGCACGGGAAGCUACGCCGAGAGCGAGGGCCGCAGGCUGACUAUGAGGCGCAGGUCAAAGAGAUGCGUUGGCAGCUGGGUGAGCAACUGCGCUGCCUGGAGCUGCAGGGUGAGCUGAGGCGGGAGCUGCUGCAGGAGCUGGCUGAGUUCAUGAGGCGCCGUGCCGAGGUUGAGCUUGAGUACUCACGGGGCCUCGACAAGCUGGUGGAGCGCUUCUCCGGCCGUGGAGGCCGCCUCGGGGGCGGCAGUCGGGAGCACCAGAGCUUCCGGAAGGAGCCAUCCCUGCUUUCGCCCUUGCACUGCUGGGCUGUGUUGUUGCAGCAGACACGGCAGCAGAGCCGGGAGAGCACGGCCCUCAGCGAGGUGCUGGGCGGGCCCCUGGCCCAGCGCCUGAGCUACAUUGCCGAGGAUGUGGGGCGCCUGGUCAAGAAGAGUAAGGAUCUGGAGCAACAGCUGCAAGAGGAGCUCCUGGAGGUGGUGUCAGAGCUUCAGAUGGCCAAGAAAACCUAUCAGGUCUACCACACGGAGAGCGUGAGUGCUGAGGCCAAACUCCGCGAAGCCGAGCGGCAGGAGGAGAAACGGGCAGGCCGAAGUGCCACUGCCGCCACCACCAGCACCGAGUCUGGGCCACUCCGCAAGGGCUCCAUCAAGAAGGGAGGGCGGCUGGUGGAGAAGCGUCACGCCAAGUUCUUGGAGCACAAACUCAAGUGCACAAAGGCUCGCAAUGAGUACCUACUAAGCCUGGCCAGUGUCAAUGCCGCUGUCAGCAACUACUACCUGCGGGACGUCAUGGACCUGAUGGAUUGUUGUGACACAGGAUUCCACCUGGCCCUGGGCCAAGUGCUCCGGAGCUACACGGCUGCGGAGAGCCGUAUCCAGGCCUCCCAGAUGCAGGGCCUGGGCAGCCUGGAGGAGGCCGUGGAUGCCCUGGAUCCUGUAGGCGACAAGGCCAAGGUGCUGGAGGUGCACGCCAUUGCCUUCUGUCCCCCGCUACGUUUCGACUACCAGCCCCACGAAGGGGAUGAGGUUGCUGAGAUCCGGGUUGAGAUGGAGUUGCGAGAUGAGAUUCUGCCCAGAGCCCAGAAUAUCCAGAGCCGCCUGGACCGCCAGACCAUCGAGACAGAGGAGGUGAACAAGACACUGAAGGCCACACUGCAGGCCCUGCUGGAGGUGGUGGCGUCAGAAGACGGAGAUAUGCUCGACUCCUUCCAGGCCAGUCCAUCCACCGAGUCCCUCAAGUCCACCAGCUCGGACCCAGGGUCUCGGCAGGCUGGCCGGCGGCGGGGCCAACAGCAGGAGACUGAGACCUUCUACAUCACGAAACUUCAGGAGUACCUGAGUGGACGGAGUAUCCUUGCCAAGCUGCAGGCCAAGCAUGAGAAACUGCAGGACGCCAUCCAGAGAGGUGACAAGGAAGACCAGGAGGUGACUUGGACCCAGUACACACAGAGAAAACUCCAGAAGAGCCGCACCCCCCGCCCCAGUUCCCAGUAUAACCAGAAACUCUUCGGGGGAGACAUGGAGAAGUUUAUCCAGAGUUCAGGCCAGCCUGUGCCCCUGGUGGUGGAGAGCUGUGUCCGCUUCAUUAACCUCAAUGGCCUGCAGCAUGAGGGCAUCUUCCGGGUGUCAGGUGCCCAGCCCCGGAUCUCGGAGAUCCGUGAUGCUUUUGAGAGAGGUGGGGAUGGGCGUUCUGGGGGCUGGGGUGGGGAGCUCAGGGGCAGCCCAGGUCGGGGCGUGGGGAUGCCGAGCCAGGAGCUCCGUGCCUGACCUGCCUGUAUCCCCAGCCUGGCCCAGUACAGCGAUGAGAACAUGAUGGACCCCUACAACCUGGCCGUUUGCUUCGGGCCGACACUGCUGCCCGUCCCUGCUGGGCAGGACCCGGUGGCUUUGCAGGGCCGUGUCAACCAGCUGGUGCAGACCCUCAUCAUCCAGCCUGUACGGGUCUUCCCGGCCCCAGCCCAGCUGCCCGGCCCCAUCUAUGAGAAGUGCAUGGCCCCACCUUCUGCCAGCUGCUUGGGGGAUGCCCAGCUAGAGGGCCCGACGGGGGACAACGAGUUGGAGCUGGAGCCAGGGACCUCAGCCCAGGAGGAGGACCUGGAGGGUGUCGUGGAGGCCGUGGCUUGCUUUGCCUACACGGGCCGCACGGCCCAGGAGCUGACCUUCCAGCGUGGGGACGUCUUGCGGCUACACGAGCGGGCCUCGGGCGACUGGUGGCGGGGCGAGCACGCGGGGGCACGGGGGCUCAUCCCCCACAAGUAUAUCACUCUACCUGUGGGAGUGGAGAAGCUCACAGUGGGCCAGGGGCUGCUGCCCGGCGGGGACCUGCUGAGCAGCUCAGAGGGGCUCCCCAUGGUGGAGCUUGUCCAGAGGCCAGAGCCGUGCACCCCACCCGAGAUCCCUCUUGGCAUCCCCGGGGGUCACUCCGGGCACCGACGGCCCUGCAUGGUCCCAGCAUCCCCGGAACGACAUGUGGAGGUGGAUAAGGCUGUGGCACAGACCAUGGACUCUGUGUUUAAGGAGCUCUUGGGGAAGACCGCCCUCCGUCAGGGCCUUGGACCAGGCACCAACAACUCCCCGAGCCCUGGGCCUCGCAGCCCAAAGCCUCCAGGCUGUGGGCGCCUGGGCAAGAACAAAGGCUUCUCGCGGGGCCCUGGUGCCCCGGCCUCACCCUCGACCUCCCAUCCCCAGGGCCUGGAAUCACUCUUCAAGUCACACUGAAGGCCCACCUCAUCCUCUGCAGGCCCUGCCCCAGCCCAGGGCAAGACCGGCUGGGUGCCCCCAACCCUUUGCUUCUCCCUGGCCCUGUCCAGCAUACCUGCUCGAGACCCUCUGCAGAGAGGAGGAAAUGGCCUCUCCAGCUCCCCCCUGGCUUCCCCGCUCUGGUUUGGGCCCCUCUGGGAGGCCGCCGCCAAGGGAGGCAGGGGGCAGGUCCCUCAUGGCGCUGGGUGUGAGGGCUCGUGGCUGGUUGUCACCCUUGACAGCCAGCAGGUGGCGGGUGCCUUUGCUCAGCUGAGGGCGCCAGCCUGGUGGGGGUUGACAGGCAUUGACUCCCAGAUGCAAGCCAGUUCUCUGGCUGGCUGGGGGGGUGGUGGUUGGAAGGUGGGUACAGGGCCAGCCUCUUGGCACCCCCAGCACUUGAGGCCAGGGUGCCCAGCUUCUGGGGCUACUUGGCACAGGGCUUUGUGGUUUGGGGACCUGCACCUUGGAAGUCCCGUCUCCUCUGUGGUAGGUUCCAGAGCCUUGCACACGUCUGUGGUUGUGGGAGGGGCCUGAAAAUCUCUCUGCACUUCCCCCACAUUUAAUGCAAUUAAACAUGCAUGAAUUUUUUAAAUACCAUCCUUGUAGAGAAGGGGAACAAAAAGAAGCAAAUAUAGAAAAAUAUGGGAAAUCUA